AUGUCGCUUCUUGGCGUUGAUUUCCGUGCUCCUCUGCGUACAGUCAAACGAGUGCAGUUUGGAAUACUAAGUCCAGAUGAAAUAAAGCGAAUGUCUGUUGGGGAAAUUGAGUUCUCCGAAAUCUAUGAAAAUGGACAACCCAAGGUUGGCGGCUUAAUGGAUCCAAGACAGGGGGUGGUAGAUCGCAAAGGCCACUGCAUGACAUGCGCAGGGAACCUAGCAGAUUGUCCUGGACAUUUUGCUCAUUUGGAGCUAGCGAAACCUGUGUUUCAUAUUGGGUUUCUCGCCAAAACACUCAAGUUGUUACGUUGUGUUUGUUUCUACUGCAGCCGUUUAAUGAUUGAAAAGGAUAGCCCUAGGGUAAAGGAAAUCCUUAAGAAAACUGCUGGGAACCCGCGAAAGCGUCUUGCAUUAAUAUAUGACAUCUGCAAAUCCAAAACAGUUUGUGAUGGAGGUGAUGAACUUCAACCUGUAGCAGAGGAGGGUGAUGAUGCAGAGAAGGAAGUAAAAGCUGGCGGCUGCGGAAGAUAUCAGCCAUCUUACAAGAGAAUGGGGCUUGAUAUUACUGCGGAAUGGAAAAAACAUGUCAAUGAGGAUACACAGGAAAGGAAGAUUGUUUUAUCUGCUGAACGGGCACUUGAGAUAUUCAAAUCAGUAUCGGACGCUGACUGUGUAAUAUUAGGGUUUGAUCCACGUUUUUCACGACCCGACUGGAUGAUAGUUCAAGUGCUCCCGGUAUCCCCUCUUGCUGUACGCCCAGCAGUAGUUACAUUUGGUUCGGCUAGAAAUCAGGACGAUUUAACUCACAAACUCUCAGAUAUUGUUAAGACUAACAAUCAGCUAAGAAGGGAUGAAGCGAAUGGGGCUGCUGCUCAUGUUAUUGCCGAAGAUGUUAAACUGUUGCAAUACCAUGUUGCUACGUUGGUUGACAAUAAUAUCCCUGGUAUUCCAACGGCUACGCAGAAAGGUGGCCGCCCGUUAAAAUCUAUUAAACAAAGACUGAAAGGAAAGGAGGGCCGUAUUCGUGGAAAUCUGAUGGGCAAACGAGUGGAUUUUUCAGCGCGUACUGUGAUCACACCAGACCCGAAUCUCCCAAUUGAUACUAUAGGAGUUCCUCGAACCAUUGCGCAAAAUAUGACAUUUCCCGAAAUUGUUACGCCUUUCAAUAUCGACAAACUUCAAGAGCUGGUGAACCGUGGUGACUCACAAUACCCAGGUGCCAAGUACAUAAUUCGAGACACAGGGGCACGGGUAGAUCUGCGGUACCACCCACGAGCGGCAGAUUUGCAUUUGCAGCCGGGAUAUAGAGUUGAGCGACAUAUGAAGGAUGGAGAUAUAAUUGUAUUCAAUCGCCAACCUUCUCUGCAUAAGAUGUCAAUGAUGGGACAUAAAGUUAAAAUUUUACCGUGGUCUACGUUUCGUAUGAACCUUUCCGUGACAACGCCUUAUAAUGCUGAUUUCGAUGGAGAUGAGAUGAAUCUCCAUUUGCCUCAGAGUCUUGAAACUAGAGCGGAGAUUGCUGAAAUAGCAAUGGUACCUAGGCAAGUAUCGAAGGAUGGUUGGAAGCAGUUGAUCACUCCUCAGGCAAAUAAACCGGUCAUGGGUAUCGUACAAGAUACACUCUGUGCAGUUCGUAUGAUGACAAAAAGGGAUUCUUUCAUAGAGAAGCCGCGCAUGAUGGAUUUGUUAAUGCAGAUGCCUAAUUGGGAUGGGGUUAUACCGCAGCCAGCAAUUUUAAAACCUAAGCCACUGUGGACUGGGAAACAAGUUUUUACUUUAAUCAUUCCUGGUAAUGUCAACGUUAUGAGAACACAUUCUACUCACCCCGAUGAUGAAGACAACGGCCCGUAUAAGUGGAUAUCUCCCGGUGAUACAAAAGUUUUAAUUGAGCAUGGCGAGUUGUUGUCGGGUAUUAUAUGCUCUCGAACUGUUGGCCGUUCUGCUGGCAACUUACUGCACGUUGUUGCUCUUGAGUUGGGGCAUGAAGUUGCGGCUCAGUUUUAUUCUCACAUCCAGACAACAGUUAAUGCUUGGUUGUUGGCAGAAGGUCAUACGAUUGGCAUUGGAGAUACAAUUGCAGACCAGCAGACUUAUGAAGUUAUUCAGCAAACUAUCAAGAAAGCAAAACAGGAUGUAGUUGAUGUCAUUGAAAAAGCACAUAAUGAUGAAUUGGAACCGACACCCGGAAACACGUUAAGACAGACUUUUGAAAACAUGGUCAAUCGGAUACUGAAUGAUGCUCGUGAUCGUACAGGUGGUAGUGCGCAAAGGUCGCUUUCGGAGUUUAACAAGUUCAAAGCUAUGGUGGUGGCAGGAUCGAAGGGGUCAAAAAUCAAUAUCUCUCAGGUUAUUGCGUGUGUGGGCCAGCAGAACGUUGAAGGAAAACGCAUUCCUUUUGGUUUCCGUCAUCGUACUCUUCCACAUUUUAUCAAAGAUGACUAUGGACCAGAGUCAAAAGGAUUUGUUGAAAACUCGUAUUUGGCCGGCCUUACACCAUCUGAAUUUUUCUUCCAUGCGAUGGGUGGUCGUGAAGGUCUUAUCGAUACUGCCGUUAAAACUGCAGAAACCGGUUAUAUUCAGCGACGCUUGAUCAAGGCUAUGGAAAGUGUUAUGGUUAAUUAUGACGGUACAGUCCGUAAUUCGUUAGGACAGCUAGUUCAGCUUCGGUACGGCGAAGACGGUUUGGAUGGUAUGUGGGUGGAAAAUCAAUCAAUGCCGAGCAUGAAACCAACGAAUGCUUUAUUUGAAAAAGAUUUCAAGUUGGAUCUGACGGAUGAAAAGGCUUUACGAAGAAUGUAUACGGAGAAUGUAAUUCGUGAGUUGCAAGGGUCGGCAGAAGCAUUAAAAGAAAUUGAAUCAGAAUGGGCACAAUUAGAAGAAGACCGAAGAUUGUUGAGAAAAAUAUUUCCUCGGGGCGACGCGAAAAUUGUUCUUCCAUGUAAUCUUCAGCGGAUGAUUUGGAAUGCUCAAAAGAUUUUUCGGGUUGAGUUGCGUAAACCAACUGAUCUUAAUCCGUUGAAGGUAAUUGAAGGUGUCCGGGAAUUAAGCAAGAAGCUCGUCAUUGUUGGAGGUGAAGAUCGAAUUAGUAAACAGGCUCAAUAUAAUGCUACUUUGCUCAUGAAUAUAUUGCUCCGUUCUACACUCUGUUCGAAAAGGAUGGGUGAGAAACACAAAUUGAACCAGGAAGGGUUUGAGUGGCUUAUUGGUGAAAUCGAGUCGCGUUUUAAGCAAGCUAUAGCGCAACCGGGUGAAAUGGUCGGUCCUUUAGCUGCACAAAGUCUUGGUGAGCCCGCCACUCAGAUGACUUUGAACACGUUCCAUUAUGCCGGUGUAUCAGCUAAAAACGUAACCCUCGGUGUACCCAGGUUGAAAGAGAUUAUUAACGUUUCGAAAAAGCCAAAAACACCUUCGUUAACUGUGUUUCUUAAUGGACCGGCUGCGAAGGAUGCAGAGAGGGCAAAGGAUGUUUUGUGCAAACUGGAGCAUACCACAUUGCGCAAGGUAACUGCAAAUACUGCAAUUUAUUAUGAUCCAGACCCGAAAAAUACUGUUAUUGAAGAGGAUGAGGAGUGGGUUAGCAUAUUUUAUGAGAUGCCAGAUUUCGAUCCUUCGAGAGCUAGCCCCUGGUUACUUAGAAUUGAACUGGAUCGCCGACGAAUGACAGAUAAAAAAUUAACCAUGGAAGCUAUUGCCGAUAAAAUUCAUCAGGGCUUCGGAGAUGAUUUAAACGUUAUUUAUACGGACGAUAAUGCGGAAAAAUUAGUUUUCCGUCUUCGAAUUACCAAUCAGGAUGGAGAUAAAGGCAGUGAGGAGGAACAGAUUGAUAAAAUGGAAGACGACGUUUUCUUGCGCUGUAUCGAAGCAAACAUGCUCAGUGAUCUGACUUUACAGGGCAUCGAGCAGAUUACAAAAGUUUAUAUGCACAAACCCCAUACAGAUGAUAAAAAACGGGUCAUUAUAACUCCCGAUGGAGGUUUCAAAGCGAUUCCAGAUUGGCUUCUAGAAACUGACGGCAUGUUUUACCGAAAUAUUAAGGUUCUUAGCGAGCCAAACGUUGAUCCGGUGCGCACCACCUCUAAUGAUAUCUGUGAAAUAUUUGAAGUUCUUGGUAUUGAGGCAGUAAGGAAGGCUAUAGAGAGGGAGAUGGACCAAGUCAUAUCUUUUGAUGGCUCGUAUGUUAACUACAGGCAUUUAGCCCUUUUGUGUGACGUAAUGACUUCUAAAGGUCAUUUAAUGGCUGUGACUCGUCACGGGAUUAACCGUCAAGAGGUUGGAGCUUUGAUGAGGUGUUCUUUUGAGGAGACUGUCGAUAUCUUAAUGGAGGCUGCGGUGCAUGCAGAACAGGACCCUGUGAAAGGUGUUUCUGAAAAUAUUAUGCUCGGUCAGUUAGCAAGGGCUGGUACUGGAUGUUUUGACCUUGUGCUGGACGCAGACAAGUGUAAGCUUGGGAUGGAGAUACAAGUUGGAAGCCUUUUAAAUACUGGCGGAGGAUUCUUUGGUGGAGGAGCUUCUCCAGCUAGUUCUUCUAUGAGUCCAGCUCAGACACCGUGGAACGCUGGUACCACUCCUGCAUAUGGUGCUGCUUGGAGCCCGGCAGCAGGUUCUGGAAUGACUCCUGGAGGCGCUGGAUUUUCACCUUCAGGCCACAGCGAAGGGAGUUUCUCUCCAUACGGAAGUGGAGCUUGGAGUCCUGGGUCACCGAGUGGCUCUAUGUCCGGUAUGUCACCCAGUGGCGCAUAUUCUCCAACGAGUGAUUAUGGCUCUGGAUUUGAAGGUUUGCAAAGCCCUGGCUAUUCUCCAACAAGUCCCUCUUCCGCAUUUGGUGGAGUAAUGAGCCCUCGGUAUUCUCCGACUAGUCCAAGUUACUCUCCUACUUCUCCAAGUUAUUCUCCAACAUCACCAAGUUAUAGUCCCACGUCACCUAGCUAUUCCCCCACCUCGCCAAGCUACAGUCCAACUUCACCCACUUAUUCUCCAACUUCUCCGAGUUAUUCUCCAACGUCUCCUAGUUAUUCCCCGACGUCGCCAGGAUACUCUGCUUCUUCACCCCGAUAUUCCCCAACAAGUCCAACCUACAGUCCUACAAGCCCUACUUACAGUCCGACAUCUCCUACCUAUUCACCUACGAGCCCGACAUACAGCCCUACUAGCCCGACGUACAGUCCAGCUUCUCCAGCUUAUUCUCCUACAUCGCCUCGCUAUUCUCCAACAAGUCCAACAUAUAGUCCUACGAGCCCCGCAUACAGUCCAUCAUCGCCACAGUACAGUCCAAGUAGUCCACAGUACUCACCUUCGUCACCACAGUAUACGCCAAGUUCUCCAAUUGUAGGGGAUGCCUCCCCAGCGUAUUCACCAAGCUCGCCUCAGUACUCUCCUUCAUCUCCAAGAUACAGUCCCUCAAGUCCACAGUACUCGCCUUCUUCACCUCAAUACAGUCCAAGUUCACCUGGUGGAGCCGGAACAACGUACUCGCCAACGUCGCCACAGUACAGCCCAUCUUCUCCUCAAUAUUCUCCGAGUUCUCCUCAGAGUUUGUCCUAA